GAGGCGCGCGGGGGCGGCGCGGCCGCCGGGCCAUGGCGCAUAAAACCGCGGGCCGCCGGCCGGGCCGCUUGUCCGCACGUCGCCGAACCCCGAGUCCCCGGCUCCGCCGCCGCCGCAGACAUGGGCGGCCGUGUCCGAGCGCGCCGGGCGGCCGCCGGGCUGGGCAUCGCUGGGCUCGUGUGCGCCGUGGUGGGCGCCGUGCUGAUCGUCGCCGUGCCCCCGCUCAUCCGGCAGAUGGUCCUCAAGAAUGUGCGCAUCGACCCCAGCAGUCUGUCCUUCAGCAUGUGGAAGGAGAUCCCCGUACCCUUCUACCUCUCCAUCUACUUCUUCGAGGUCAUCAACCCAGAGGAGGUGCUGAAUGGAGGGAAGCCGCAGGUGCGAGAGCGCGGGCCCUACGUGUACAGGGAGUUCAGACACAAGGAAAACAUCACCUUCAACGACAACGACACGGUGUCCUUCCUCGAGGACCGCAGCUUCCAGUUCCAGCCGGACAAGUCCCAGGGCUCUGAGAGUGACUACAUCGUCAUGCCCAACAUCCUGGCCUUGAGCACCGCGGUCAUGAUGGAGGACAAGCCCAUGACCCUGAAGCUGCUCAUAACGGUGAUGCUGAGCAGCCUCGGCCAGCGCGCUUUCAUGAACCGUACCGUGGGCGAGAUCAUGUGGGGUUACCAAGACCCAUUUGUGAACUUCGUCAGCAAGUACUUCCCAAACAUGUUCCCUGAGAAGGGCAAGUUUGGAUUGUUUGCUGGGAUGAACAACUCCAACUCAGGGGUCUUCACGGUGUUCACUGGUGUCAAGGACUUCAGUAGGAUCCACCUCGUGGACAAGUGGAACGGGCUCAGCAAGGUCAACUUCUGGCAUUCCAACCAGUGCAACAUGAUCAACGGCACGUCCGGCCAGAUGUGGCCGCCAUUCAUGACGCCGGAGUCUGCCCUGGAGUUCUACAGCCCUGACGCCUGCCGGUCCUUGAAACUCGUCUACCAGCAGCCGGGGGUGUUUGGGGGCAUCCCCACCUAUCGCUUCGUGGCUCCCAAAACCCUAUUUGCCAACGGCUCUGUCUAUCCCCCCAACGAGGGCUUCUGCCCGUGCCUGGAAUCUGGAAUUCAGAACGUCAGCAGCUGCAGGUUCAAUGCGCCCCUGUUUCUCUCCCAUCCUCACUUUUACAACGCCGACCCAGUCCUCGCGGAAGCAGUGCUCGGUCUCCACCCCAAUGAAGAGGAGCACUCUUUGUUCCUGGACAUCCACCCGGUCACUGGGAUCCCCAUGAACUGCUCCGUGAAGCUGCAGCUGAGCCUGUACAUGAAGGCCAUCAGGGGCAUCGGACAAACGGGGAACAUCGAGCCCGUGGUGCUGCCCCUGAUGUGGUUUGGGGAGAGUGGAGCCAUGGAGGGCGAGACGCUCAAUACUUUCUACACCCAGCUGGUGUUGAUGCCCAAGGUGCUGCAGUACGCACAGUACGUCCUCCUCGCACUGGGCUGCGUCCUGCUGCUCGCCGCGGUGCUGUGCCAAGUCCGCAGCCAGGAGAAGUGCUAUUUAUUUUGGAGUAGUAGUAAAAAGGGCUCACAGGAUAAGGAGGCCGUUCAGGCGUACUCGGAAUCACUGAUGACGGCCGACCCUAAGGGCACUGUGCUACGAGAAGCAAAGCUGUAGGGUCCCGGCUGCACGGGGUGCUGGCAGAGCCUGGCCGCCUCCGGCCCGGAGCAUCCCCCCAGCCCCUCCACCCCGCUGCUUCAGGACUCAGCAGAUGGCCCGCCGACCCCACAGCCAGACCCCACCGCGACCACCAGCUG